GCCCACUCCCUGUACUCCGCCGCGUAGUUGCUCUGUCUUUCACUGGAGAUCACGAACGCCGGAGUACUCUUAACCAGCAAACAGCCAUGGCAGAAAACGCCGGCUUGGAUAACCACCGUAUCAAGAGCUUCAAAAACAAGGGACGCGAUGUCGAGACUAUGAGAAGACAUCGAAAUGACGUGACAGUCGAGCUGAGGAAGAACAAACGAGACGAGCAUCUCCUGAAGAAGAGGAAUGUCCCACAGGAGGACAGUCUGGAGGACUCCGACUUCGACUCCGACUUCAAAGGGCAAAAUGUCACACUGGAGGCCAUCUUACAGAACGCCACCAGUGAUAAUGCUGUGGUCCAGCUUAGUGCCGUACAGGCUGCCAGAAAACUCCUCUCCAGUGACAGAAACCCUCCCAUUGAUGACUUGAUAAAGUCGGGCGUCCUGCCCAUCCUAGUCAAAUGUCUGGAGAGAGAUGACAAUCCGUCUCUUCAGUUUGAGGCAGCCUGGGCCCUGACCAACAUAGCGUCUGGCACGUCACAACAGACCCAAGCUGUGGUCAAAUCCAAUGCUGUUCCCCUGUUCCUGCGGCUGCUCCACUCUCCCCAUCACAAUGUGUGUGAACAGGCCGUGUGGGCGCUAGGCAACAUCAUAGGCGACGGGCCACAGUGCAGGGAUUACGUCAUCUCGUUGGGCGUGGUCAAGCCCCUGCUGUCCUUCAUUAACCCCUCCAUCCCCAUCACCUUCCUCCGUAACGUCACCUGGGUCAUUGUCAACCUCUGCCGCAACAAGGACCCACCACCCCCCAUGGAAACAGUACAGGAGCUUCUCCCAGCGCUGUGUGUUCUUAUAUACCACACAGAUAUAAAUAUCCUUGUAGACACGGUGUGGGCUCUGUCCUACCUGACAGACGGUGGGAACGAGCAGAUUCAGAUGGUGAUAGACUCUGGUGUGGUCCCCUUCCUUGUGCCCCUGCUCAGCCACCAGGAGGUCAAAGUUCAGACGGCUGCUCUGAGGGCGGUGGGGAACAUUGUGACUGGGACAGACGAGCAGACACAGGUGGUGCUCAACUGUGACGUCCUCUCCCACUUCCCCAACCUGCUCACACACCCCAAAGAAAAGAUCAACAAGGAAGCAGUGUGGUUCUUGUCCAAUAUCACGGCUGGGAACCAACAGCAGGUUCAGGCAGUGAUCGACGCAGCACUCGUCCCCUUGAUCAUCCACCAACUGGCCAAGGGGGACUUUGGCACUCAGAAGGAGGCAGCAUGGGCCAUCAGCAACCUCACCAUCAGUGGCAGGAAAGACCAGGUGGAGUACCUGGUGCAGCAGAAUGUGAUCCCUCCAUUCUGCAGCCUGCUGUCAGUGAAGGACUCCCAGGUGGUUCAGGUGGUCCUAGACGGCCUCAAGAACGUCCUCAUCAUGGCCGGGGACGAGGCCAGCACCAUCGCUGAGAUCAUAGAGGAGUNCAAUUUCACCUACACACUCCCUGUCAUAACACAGCCACACCGGAGMACGGACGGCACGGUGGUUAUUUUAARGGGUGUGUCCAUCUCUGUCUCUGUGUGUGUUUAUAAAGUCCCCUCGUUCUCCUGCCUCUAUAAGGACCUGAGACCUCGGCGGAUCCCAGGUGUGACAGUGGGGCCAGCAGGAAGAGCGCUGGCGGGGUCACUGUGUGUUUAG